AUGGCGCUAAAAGGCACACCCCCCCUCCCUAACAAUAACAACAGCAAUUGGACGCUCAUGUACGUCCUCCUAGGCCUAAUCCCGGUAACAUUCACCAUAAUAGCCGUAUACGCCGUAUGGCGGGACACACGCACCCCACCUCGGGACAUCGAGAUGGCAUCCCUGCCCUCGCAGCGCGUGUUGCCGUGGCGAGAGGCAAUAGCGGCCUCCGAACGACGCACCGGGGAGUCCCCCUCGCGUCCGGAAAGCGACCGGGCCCGGAUGAUGAUCACGAGACCCUCGUCUACCGUGCCCGUUACGCCGAAUACAGUGCGGUCCGGCGGACCGCCAGGCACGAGCAUGUGGCAAAAGUCUAAGGGCCACCGAGGGAAGAACGUAAGCGGAAAGGCGGGUGCAGCUAAGGUGAUGCCGACCAAGCAGCCGAAUAGGAAAGGUGUACUGAGAAGUAUGAGUAGAAUUUCCGAAGAGCUCGAGGAGAUGCCUUUCUAA